CCGUCUUUGGUAGAGUCAUCGGUGACGCACGAGUGAGGCAACAUAUCGCUCCUUCUUUCCAUUCCUCCACUACCAGACGUCGUUAUGUCAGCCUUUCAAAAGGGAAAUCAAUUGCCUGUCGUUGUGGAAGAGGCUUCAGCAGACAUAGUCGUCGUGUCGAUCAAGACAGAAGGAAGAACUUUCCGUGGAGUUCUUCUAGACUCGACAUUCAGGACAAGUGAAAGUGAAAAGAAACAAGGUAUAUUCGAAACUUUAUCUCUUCCAAGCAAAGAAAUGCAACCGGUAAGAACAUCGACGAUAACAAGAGACGCUCUCCCUCAUAUCAACACUUACAAAUCGCCUUUCAAAGACAAACGAGCGAUACACAAAAGGAUUUCGUCAAAUAUAAAAGAGAAGAGAAGACAACAAAAGGGAGAAAAGAAGAGGAAACUACGCCAAUCAUCAACUCAUCUAGAUCAGAUGUCAAGCUGUGACGUCGACCAAGAAAUGUUAGACAAAAACAAACGACGACAAUCAGACGGUUACGACGGACUCAAUGCAAAAGGUGAGACGGUCGACGACGGUUGCACUUCGACUGGCACCGAAAUGGUGAACGCAACGAAAAAAAUUGCAUCAUGUACGUAUCCCCCUCCUCAUUCCGAUUGCUAUCGGUCGCAAUCCGAGAGACAAGUUUCUAUGUACACUAUGAUACAACCGACUCCGUCAAUACCACCAUUCGCUUACCCAUAUUUGGGAUGCAUUGCUCCAUCACAAUCACCGACAUUUCCUCAUCCGGGAUUCAACCACUUAUCAAACUUCAUGACAUACGGGAUAUGGAAUACCAAUCACCAAAUGACUACGGAAAUCAACCCAGUUUUUCAAGAUAAAAUAACAUCACCGGUUGAAUACCAGGGAGACCAUCAAAAUAGUGUUGCUCCACACAUUGCCGGAGAGUUUUGUCGUGACGAACAUUACCCGCCAUCACCAAACUCUUUGCAUCAACUAGACCGUCCACCGUCGAUCGACACGCCAACAGACAGCUGUAAUGAUUCCGACGAAGAACAACGUCAUCAAACAGACGGAGAUUUAGAACAAAGAAUGUCGAUUCGUGUGGACAAAAAUACAGACGAAAUUCAAUCAUUCAUUCCCGAUCCAUCAGACGACGAAACAAGCUGUCGUUCACAAUCCUUACAACAAGAAGAAAACAAGUCAAACAGCAAGAGUGAAACCAAAUUAAAACAAAAAUGUAUUGAAACGAGAAAGGCGCAUCAACGACGCAGAUUGUCAUCAAAAGGGACAAAGAAAAACAUUUCCACGAGAUUGACGCCAAAAAUGAAGAAAAGGAAAAAACCAAUUGCACAAACGAAACGUUUAGUACGAGCGCGAAGAGGUACUGCUACUACAGAAGAAGACGCGGCUCUAUUUGAAGCUCUCUGGAUAUCAAAACAAGAACAAACCUUCGACAAGAAACAGACAGUCAAACCAUCUCUUCGACCUCCAGUCGCAGCCGCAAGAAAAAGGCGCGUCUACGGUAAUCCAGAAUUUUUCUACUCGCCUCGUCCUUCUAGCAGUCGCAGCAAGUGCGCCAACGACGACGUCCCUCGAUACAAAAUCGACGACAUCGUGUGGGCAAAACUAGUCAGUCGGCCUUGGUGGCCGGCAAAGGUGCUUUCAUUCAGCAAAGAUGAUGGUCGCCGCAUGUACGACGUGUCGGUGCAAUGGCUGGGCAAGAGCUCGAAUUGUACCGACGUGCUGCCGUCGUCUUUGAUUUGUCCGUUUUCGAAAAAUUUCGACGAGCAUUAUCUGCCCGAGAAGACGAAGAGCACGUACGUUAAGGCGGUCGAAGAGGCCUUACAAAAGUCGGGAUUAGAGGCUAGUCGCUUUACACGUUUACCCGAUCAAUGCCAUUAAGAUUUGACACGUGACCAGAUGAAGACGUCAGGUAGAUCUAAUUUAAAUGAGAAACUUCGUUUUGAUGAUAUAUAAAUGUUUAUUGCAAAAAAGCAAAUAUCAAACAUUGGAUUUGUUUAGAAAACCAAUAAAUAUAGCUUUCUUAUUUCCUAAACUUCCAA